AAUAUUGUUUAAAAAUGGAUGAUGGAGAAUCAAAAUAUCAUCCGAAAUGGUUGUUAGAAAUAGAAAAUCGUAAAAGGAAGCCUAGAUUAGCGCACGAAGCUGGAGCAGGAGCCCCUUGUGCAAUUUGCAAUGCAACAUGCCCUGGUUUGGACCUUCAUUUUUGGAGAAAAACUUGUAAGAAUUGUAAGUGCAGCAAAGAUGACCAUGAUGUAGAUGAUGAAGACUUCCCACAAUUUGAUCUACUAUUUGGAUCCUCCAAAAAGUAUAAGAAGAAACCCAUGUUAUUACAUGUGCAUAGUGAAAAAGAACAUGCAGAAGAAGCAUUCGAAUGGAUUCCACCAGAUACAACGAAAGAACUUGCUACAGAGUACAUGAAAGCCUUACCUAUAGACAAAUUGCCCAUUAAAGGAUCAGCUGGUGCCGCUUUGAGAAGGCAGUUAUUGCAAAAACAGUUACCUCUUCAUGAUAUAGAUUCUAAAUUUUGCGACGAAUUGAGCGAACAAGAAAAAAAUCAGUUUGAAAAGUAUUUAGAAAACAUAAAGAAGUAUGUAGGGCAAGGAACAGUGACAAAGAUACUAGGCGCUCGUCCAUUUGAUCGGUCGCUAAUGACUCCUGCUAAUGCUACCGACAUGCAACCUUAUAGUCCCCGAAAUAAACCUUGCAUACAGUCAUCUAUGAUUCACUUGCGUACACCCAGCAGUUUCACGUCCAAUAAUUCGUACAAAAAAGAUUUACAUACAAAAUCGAACGACCAUGAACCGCCAACUUUGCCUAUUGCAGAAAUACUAAAUAAUUCUCGUGCCGCCUCGAUUUCUGAGAAAUGUAAUACAAUUAGUAGUAACUGUAAAAUAGUAAAAUCAGAACCAAUUAAAGAAGAUAAAGAAAUUCCAACGAAUGAUAACUUAAAAUAUUCAAAUUCUGCAGUUAUACCGUUUCAGAAUUCAUUAGAAUAUUGCGAAAAAGUAUAUAAGGAUACGUUAGAAAAUCCACCAAUCUCUCUCUUGCAUUCAGAAUCGAUUAAUGAUGAAGCCCGUAUUGCAGAAACUAUAUUAGCAGACGCAUUGCUUCCUCCAAGUAGGGUACACGCUCAUGAUAUAAUUGGUAGUACAUUAGAUGAAAAGGAUUUGAUGUUCAUACGAGAAAAACUUACAAAUAAAUAUAGCAACCAAAGAACUCAACUACAGAUACCACAUAAUGCAACCGGUUUCAGAAAAGUUUUCGAUACCAAUGAAUUGUUACAAAAUAACGUUGAAUCGCAGAACUUAAACACCGACAAUGAAAGUAACAGAACAGCUGUUAUAGCUGCCACGAAAAAUACAUCGUGUGUACCAACACUAUCGAAGGGUCGAAUUCAAACGCUAGAAAGAAACGUUAAUGAACCUACGCGAAUAGACGCAGAAAAAUAUCUAACCAACCCUAAUUCACAAACAUUUCAAUCGAUUCCUCUUGAUGUUACGAUGUCGCAUUCGAAAUCAACAAGAGAAAAUCCACUUUCAUCAGUCUCGUUACCACAAACAUGCGUGCAAUUUGCUAACAGUGAUAAUCAUCGAACAGAAUUGGGCCUUACGAUACCUUGUACUGUUAUUUAUUCCGAAAAAUUACAACACAAAACGUUCCCUUCUGAAAGUAUUGGUGGUCGAAACCAACCAGUAGAAAGUCCACUACUGAACUUACGACAUCUGAAAGGUGUAGUAGAAGAACUGACUAUGGAUCCUAUUAAUCUGCAAAAAUGCUAUAAAUGCGAAGAAACGAUACGCGUUGGCGACGUUGCUGUAAUUACGGUAAAAGCUAAAAACGUCAUGUGGCAUCCAGGAUGCUUUGUUUGUAAUAUCUGUAACGAACUACUAGUGGAUUUACUACAUUUUUAUUACAAGAACAAACUAUACUGCGGAAGAGAUUUAUCGACGCUUCUGGGAAUUCCUAGAUGUUUUGCCUGUGAUGAACUUAUUUUUGUACGAGAGUAUACUGUCGCAGAAGGGCAUAAUUACCACGUAAAACAUUUUUGCUGUUGGGAUUGUGACGUUCCCUUAGCUGGGAAGCAAUAUAUUACAGAGAAUGACCGUCCGUUGUGCCUUCCAUGUUAUCAGAACACAUACGCGAAAACGUGUCACACGUGUGAGAAGGUAAUUGCUGCUGAUCAGCAGGGUGUUACUGUAAAGGAUUUGAAUUUUCACGCGACAGGGACUUGCUUUUGCUGUUAUAUUUGUAAGAAGGAUUUAUUAAAAUCUCGAACGGCAAUUAAAGAAACAAAAUUAUUUUGCAGCAAGGAAUGCAUUGCAAAGUUUUUGCAACCGCAAAAAUAA